AUGGAAAAUCAUGAACCCAAUUUAUGCAUGAUUCAGAACGAAGCCGGUGACGAAUGGGUAUUUGAAGGGGAUAACACACGGAACGAGUUUUCCGAAUGGUUAUUUCAAAAGGAACGGGCAAAUUGUGUGGUGAUGGCCCAUAAUUUCCAGGGGUAUGACAGUUACUUUAUUCUACAAUACUUACAGGAAAACGGUGUCAAGUACGAUGUCAUGAUGCGCGGUGCCAAAGUGCUUUCCUUAUCUGUGGACAUGUUCAAGAUCAAAUUUAUCGAUUCCUUGAACUUUAUCCCAAUGAGAUUGGCAGAUAUUCCAAAAACCUUUGGCAUAGAAGAGCUGGCAAAAGGGUACUUUCCUCAUCUUUUCAACAAGAAAGAAAACUAA